AUGGAGAAUGAUUUGCCAAUUCAUGAAAUCCAAUCAUGUUGUAAAUUGGACUUUGAAGAUGUUGACUUGGAGGAGAUAAAUGAUAAUGCCUUACCUCUUUGUAUUACUGAUGGCAGUCAAGGAAAUCAAAAUUUUCUUCCUUUGGCUAUACCAGAUGAAUUGAUCCUGAAAUUUGGCAUGGAAUUCGAUAUUGAAGUAGCAACUAGAUAUUUUUACCAAAAAUAUGCCAAAGCAUCUGGUUUUGGAACUCGAUUGAGUAAGGGACAUAAAGACAAAAAUAGUGAUAUGAUGUUAGAUAAAGUGUUUUGCUGCUCCCGUGAAGGAAAAAGGCCAAAAGACAAACGCAAUAUGAGUGUUAAGUGUCCUCAUCCAGAAACAAGAUGUGAUUGUAGUGCAAGGAUGAAAAUCAAUUGUAGACAAGCUGGAAAAUACCGUGUUGUGCAAUUUAUUGCUGAACAUAAUCAUGAGCUAUCAACCCCAAGCAAAACUCAUUUAUUCAAAUCUCAUAAACACAUGACAAUAGCACACAAAGCUGAAAUAGAGAUGGCCCGAAUUUGUGGAAUUGCACCAAAACAAUCAAUUGAAUUGAUGUCGAAACAAGUUGGUGGACGAGAAAAUCUUGGAUUCAUUCGAGAUGAUUUAAAAAACUACUUACGAUGCAAAAGAUCCAUACCAAUGAUGCAAGGUGACACGGGAGGAGUCUUAGAGUACUUACAAAGGAUGCAAUUAGAGGAUCCAAAUUUUUAUUCUGCCAUUCAAGUAGAUGAAGAUGACUUGAUAACUAACAUAUUUUGGGCCGAUGCAAAGAUGAGAACGGAUUUUGCUCAUUUUGGUGAUGUGGUUUGUUUUGAUACAACUUAUAGAAAGCACAAAGAUGGGAAGCCAAUUGCAUUAUUCGUUGGUGUAAAUCAUCAUAAACAAAGUACAAUUUUUGGAGCUGUUUUAUUAUAUGAUGAGACAAUUGGAACAUUUGAAUGGCUGUUUGACACAUUUGCUAAGGCUAUGAUAGGAAAAAUACCAAGAACUAUUCUUACAGACCAAGACCGAAGAAUGGCAACGGUUUUGGCUUCUCAAUGGCCAACAACGUAUCACCGCUUAUGUAUAUGGUAUAUCUAUCAAAAUGCAGCAACACAUCUAGCCGAUGUCUUUAAAGAUUUCCAAAAUUUUGCUGCAGAUUUUAGUCACUGCAUAUAUGACUAUGAAAAUGAGAAUGAUUUUUUUGCGGGAUGGAGUGAAAUGUUAAAAAUGUAUGGUCUGGAAGACAACAAGUGGUUGAAGAAAAUGUUGAUCUCUCAAUUUGUUGAAGGGAUUUUUAUCAAUUUCUUUUUUUCGGUCCAAGGAUUUGUAUUACCUUACCGCUUUCUUGAAGUUGAAUGA